AUGUUGAAUAAGCCAGAAUUAUACCGGCACGCAAACAGUCUACAACGAUUGGCUACACAAAUUCUGUUAAAUGGAUAUUCGACUAAAUUAAAUUGGCGGGACGACGGCCAAGAUUCGUGGCUUGACGUUGGCUGUGGCAGUGGAGAUACGACGAUUGAUUACAUUCUGCCCAUUUUGCCAAAGAACUUCCAACGUCUAGUCGGUGCUGAUGUAUCGAAGAAAAUGAUUGAGUACAAUCGUGCAACACACGUCUACCCGAAAAUUUCAUUUGAACUAAUCAAUUUGGGCAUCGAUUUGACACAACAACCGUUGUGGCAAGAAGAGACAUUUGAUCACAUUUCGUCAUUUUUUUGUUUUAUGUACAUACGUGAUCAACAAAUGGCAGUGAACGAUUUGUACAAAUUGUUGAAGCCAGGAGGUGAUAUAUUGGUGGCAUUCCCAUCAUCGGCAACAGUUUUUGCCGUUUACAAGAAGCAGGCAACGGAGAAAAAAUGGGGCGAUAUUUAUUCGGAUUUGGAAACAGUUGUUCCAUGCCCAUGUCAAGAUUUACUCGAUCCAGCGAAAUACUUCGAAGAUAUCACGAAAAAGAGCGGUUUCAAGGACAUUAGUGUGAGGGUGGAAGACAUAAAAUACACUUUCAAUGGAUACAAAGCUCUCAAAAAUUUUUUAAAGUCAGUGAAUCCGUUUGUGGACCGUUUGCCGGCUGAAAAGCAAGAGGAAUAUCUUGACGAUCUUAUAAUCGAUUAUGUGAAUGGGAAAUUCACUAAAGAUGAUUUCCGUGAAGAUAAGAAAAAAUUGCGACACACUGAACAUUACAAAUUUUUGGUUGCUUACGCCAGAAAAUAA